AUGAGUAGUUGUUUUGUGAAACUAUUUUAUGCACUUGUGCUGCUUUUAUCGAAUGCUGCAGGAUCUAUUCUUAGUGCAGAAAUAAAGUGCAUAGAGAGUGAGAAACAAACACUCCUCAACUUCAAACAAAGUCUCUCCAAUGAUCAUGGCAUGUUGUCUACAUGGAGGGACGGAAACAACAAUACAGAUUGUUGUGAAUGGAGAGACAUACAAUGCCACAAUGAAACUGGUCACAUACAGUUACUCGAUCUCCAUGGUGAUUAUCGGAAUGCAGGUUCACAAUAUUUGGAAGGUUCAAUCAAUCUCACUUCAUUGAUUGACUUGCAUAAUAUUCAACAUCUCGAUCUCAGUAAUAAUUUUCUUCUAGGGAGUUACAUCCCAGAAGAACUCAUUGGCUCCUUCACCAACUUAACAUAUCUCAAUCUCUCAUACGCUCUCUUUGGAGGGGGCAUUCCAUUUGAACUUGGACACCUUACACAUUUACAGUAUUUGGAUCUAAGUAACAAUUUUUAUCUCUAUGGGGAACUCCCUUAUCAACUUGGAAACCUUACAUAUUUACAGUAUUUGGAUCUAAGCAAUAAUGAUCUCAAUGGAGAAAUCCCUUAUCAACUUGGAAAUAUCUCACAGUUGAGGUAUCUUGAUCUUUCAGGAAAUUCAUUUUCUGGAGCACUCCCUUUUCAAGUUGGGAAUCUUCCUUUUUUAUACACUCUUGGACUUGCUGGAAAUUUUGAUGUGAAAUCUAAGGAUGCUGAAUGGUUCUCUAAUCUCUAUUCCCUAACAAUUCUUCGCUUGGAUUCUUUUCAUAAUCUUGGCUCCUUCCAUCAUUGGUUACAAAUGAUCAACAAGCUUUUUCCAAACUUAAGAGAGUUGAGGCUGGUUGAUUGUUCUCUUUUAGAUACUGAUCUUCAAUCUCUGUUUUAUUCAGGUUCCAACUUUUCCUCUUCUCUUGCCAUCCUUGAUCUUUCUUCUAAUAUGCUGACAUCCUCAUCAUUUCAACUGUUGUUAAACAUUAGCCUUAAUCUUCAGGAGCUUUAUCUUUCACAUAAUAACAUUGUUUUCUCAUCUUCUUUCUUUCCAAACUUUCCUUCUCUUGUGGUCCUCGAUCUUUCUUAUAAUAAUAUGACAUCAUCGGUCUUUCAAGAUGGUUUCAACUUCGGCUCAAAACUUCAAAAUCUUUAUUUGCAAAAUUGUAGUCUUAUGGAUAGAAGUUUCCUUAUGUCAUCUACUUCCGUUGUGAAUUCUUCAUCUUCCCUUGUCUCCCUUAAUCUAUAUUCCAAUUUGUUGAAAUCAUCAACUAUAUUCUACUGGCUCUUUAACUCCACCACCAAUCUUCGUUCCCUUUACCUCGAUAAUAACAUGUUAGAAGGUCCCAUCCCUGAUGGAUUUGGGAAAGUGAUGAACUCUCUUGAAACUCUUUACCUCUCUGGUAAUAAAUUGCAAGGCAAGAUUCCGUCUUUCUUUGGGAACAUGUGCAGAUUACAGAUAUUAGACCUCUCUAAUAACAAGUUGAAUGGCGAAAUUUCUAGCUUCAUUGAAAGUUCUUCAUGGUGCAACCAACACAUAUUUCAAGGUUUGUCUUUAUCUUAUAACCAGGUUACUGGCGUGCUGCCUAAAAGCAUCGGAUUGCUAUCUGAAUUGAAGUAUCUUGAUUUGGAGGGAAAUUAUUUGGAGGGUGAAGUCAAUGAAUCUCAUCUUUCUAAUUUUUCCAAAUUAGAAUACUUAGGCUUAUCAGGGAACUCAUUGUCUCUGAAAGUUGUUCCUAGUUGGGUUCCCCCUUUCCAAUUAAAAUACUUGGAACUAAGAUCUUGCAAGUUGGGUCCAAGUUUUCCAAGUUGGCUCCAGACUCAACGCUCCUUAACCUCUCUGGAUAUUUCUGAUAACGCGAUUAAUGAUUCGGUACCAGAAUGGUUUUGGGGGAAAUUGCAAACCAUGCAAACGUUGAAUAUGUCACAUAACAAUCUCACAGGUGAAAUUCCAAAUUCAUCACUGAAGCUUCUUAAUAGACCAUCAAUAUUUCUGGAUUCAAAUCAAAUUGGGAGCAAAGUUCACUACUAG